ACCAGAAAUUCCAGCAGAGAGGUGCAGAGAAUUGCCAAUGAUCCUACCUAUGCACAGUCCAUCAAUGAAUUCUCUGACCUUCCCAGUGUCCAACAGCAGUUUAUCAGCUCCCUCAACAACGUGCUUGGUCAAGUCAAGCCGAUGACAACUACUGUCCCGGGUAAGCCAGAUUCCCGAACGCCUCUAGAAAACAGCACACUGAACCCUUCGUUGCAAAACGUGAAGUAGACCCUGAACAGUUUAAGUUAGCAUUGCAUGUGAGCAGAGCCGUGGGAAAUUAGACUAACAAGCCAAGUUCUUGAACUGUAGGGACUGUUACAUUUUAAAGUGUUUGUUUAUUCACUCUUUGGUUUGCUUUAGGCAAAGUUUUUGUCUUUUGACCAGUACAACCUUUAAAUUUAGACCUUGCUUCAGGGCUUCAUACUCAUUAAAUUUAGGCAGUUUUACUCUGAACAAAACGAGGUGUUAUUAUAGCAGACGGGACUAACAUUUGGCCAUUGGGUUGGUCGUAAAAUAACUUAAAGGGUGGGAGAGUCGUUUCCCGUUUGCAGUUGCCAGCUAGCGCACGCAUGCACCUACAGUAAAUAUCAGAUGCCAAGUGCUCACGUCACUGUGUGUUCCAUUUCAUUACCCGUAGCUGAGAGAAAGAGGGAUGUAGUGUUCCUGCUGGAUGGUUCAGAUGGCACUAGGAGCUCUUUCCCUGCGAUGCGUGACUUUGUUGAGAGGAUGGUGGAGAGACUCAAUGUGUCUGAGAACAGAGACCGUGUGUCCGUGGUCCAGUACAGCAGAGAUCCAGAGGCCCAUUUCUAUCUUAACACAUACUCAGGAAAGGAGGACAUACUUGACACGGUCAGGGGUCUGAGGCACAAAGGAGGCAGACCCCUCAACACGGUGGCAGCUCUGCAGUACGUAAGGGACAAUGUAUUCACUGCCUCCUCUGGAAGCAGAAGUGUAGAAGGUGUGCCCCAGUUACUGAUUCUGCUGAGUGGUGGAAGGUCAUCUGAUAAUGUUGACACGCCGGCCUCAUCCCUGAAGGAGCUGGGAGUGCUUAUCUUUGGGAUAGGGUCAAGGAGCUCAGACAGCAGGGAACUCCAGAGGAUCUCCCAUGAGCCUAGUUAUGCACUCUCAGUAAGUGACUUUGCUGACCUUCCCAGUGUCCAACAGCAGAUUUUCAGCAACAUUGACACAGUAUUUGUAGAGGGCACGUCUACCACUCCCACGACGAUAGGUAAGAAAAAAAAUAAACAUGCUUCCUCUACUUCCUCUCAGCUUUUAUGUUUGUAGUGAGGUGUGCUUUACUCUACCUGUAGUUCUAAUGAGUUGCAGAAGGAAAAGUAUUUCUUCCUGAGUAGUAAAAUUUUGCGGGAGUUGAGAUGAUAUUGAAAAACACAGAAAGCAAGAUUAAUAGCAAAGCAUCUACUGUGUAAUGCAAUAUGGCUUUUUUUCUUUUU